AGCUCCUCAGCCCUGAAGGCACUUCCAUUCACAUUGACCUCCAUAAAUCACUGGAAGCCAGGUUUUGAUCACCACGUAGUCUGCCAUGUCCGACUUUGGGGCUCCUCCCGUUAUCCCUACCCAGUUGCAGCAGUACAACUCCUAUGUAGUGGACCCUCAAUGGCAACGCAAAUUCUCCAUCAUCUGGGCUGCAGGCAUCGGCCUGGCCGUCCUCGUCUCCAUCCCGCAUGUCGCACGCGCACUCAAGACCCGGCGCUUGCUCCGCGGCCUCAUUACUGGCGUCCUCGAAGACACCAAGACUCGGGGUUAUACGCCCGUGGGCAGUGCGAAUGUUGAGCCUAGAUCCUCGAGACGACCAUUUUCCGCAAUAUGGGAAACUCUUUGGUCGGCUACACUGUGGAGUCUACCUGGUCUCGAGCUGGGCAUGGGGCAAAGCGCGUUACUCUUCGUCUUCCUGAUUGUGAUUGCCGCAUACCUCAUCUUACUCAUCGCAUGUAUCACUAUGCAUGUACCUCUUAUCACCAAUCCCAAUCGCGCCGGCUUCUUGGCUCUCGCCCAGUUCCCCAUCGUCUUCCUAUUUGCAACCAAGAACUCGAUCCUGUCCCUACUACUCGGGCCCGGGAACGGCUAUGAGAAACUCAACUACAUUCACCGAUGGGCCGGCCGUGGAAUGUUCAUCGGUGCGACCGUUCACGGAGCCCUAUGGAUUAACAAUCACAUUGUGUUUGGGCUACCUAUUAUUGGUCAGCAGAAAGAAACAUCAGGCGUUGCUGCCUAUGGUGUCCUUUGCGUCCUUGUCCUAACGUCGUUCCGUCCGAUCCGGAGGUUGUUCUAUCAGUCGUUCUUCAUCAUUCAUGUACUCGGCUAUGUUGCGUUCUUCGUGACCAUAUGCUACCAUACAAUCUACGCUUCUCCAUGGAUCUUCCCGCCAUUGGCGUUUUACGGCUUUGACAUACUCCUCCGUAUGUUCCGCUAUCGCAUCAAGGACGCAACGCUGGUUCAUGUUGAUAAUAACAUGACUCUGAUUCACGUCCAUGAUUGCGACGAUGGCUGGGUCGCUGGCCAACAUGUGCGCCUCCGGGUCUUCUUCUCGGGACGCAUCUUCGAAUCGCACCCCCUCACGAUUGUCAAUGCACCCUCGUCCAACUCAUGCUUACCUGGCGGCACGAUGACCCUCGCUGCGCGCGCUAUUGGUGAUUGGUCUCGCCACCUGAACCAGUACGCGCUCGCAGAGCAGGAACGCAAUCACGAGAAGGACGAGCAGCCUGGCGUUCCUGUCCAGGUCAUGAUCGACGGUCCGUACGGCGGCUCGAGUGUUGACCUCGGCGACUACGAGAGCGUCCUGCUCGUCGCCGGCGGUUCCGGUAUCACGUUCACCCUAGGCAUGCUUGACGACAUUGUCGCACGCUGUAUCAAGCUUGGUCGACCCAAUGGCGAGAAGACGCGGCGCAUCGAGUUUGCGUGGUGUGUCCGUUCGUACGGUGCGAUCCACUGGUUCGCGCCGAUGCUCAUGGACAUCGCGACCGCCGUCGCGGACACCUCGCUCGACCUCCACAUCUCCGUAUACGUCACCUGCCUGUGCAACCCCGAAAACGUCCCGCCCAUCCCCAACAUGGACGUCACCGUUUGCCCGCGCCCGUCCGUUACCACCCUCCUACGCGACCUUGUCACGCCCCCGCCACCCAAGUCGCUCGAGUUUGACGAGGGCGCACACGAGAUCUCUGCGUCGUCGCGAUUAAAGUGGGUCGGUCUUGGUGGUGGUGUGGGGGUAUGCGCCGCGGGCCCCGAGUCGCUAACGCGAGCGGCGCACAACGCGGUCGCGCGGGUCAGCCUGACGAGGGGUGUUGAGCUCGGAGGGAUCGCGCUGCACACGGAGCUGUUUGCGAUCUGA